AUGGCCUCUACUGAAAACAGAGCGAGAACCAGCCCAAACAACUUGUCUUUUCAAGACUCUUCCCCAAGUCCUCGUGCUAGAAGGAAAUCUCUACGAAGAUCGGUUGGAAAGAAACGCCGGAGGACACUACCACCUAUUUAUCACAAUACCUCAAGUCUUAGUGAUGCUAUCAGCUUGUCAUUACCAGAAAAUGAUCGCCUUAUGGAGCUCAUACAUGCUUGCUUCCAGUGCUCUGUACAUAAACUAGAAAACUCCUUGUCUCAUAUUGAUGGAUUCGACUCCAGUUCCUUUAGUGCAACCGUAUCUGCGGUUAAGGAGAAAGUAUUGCGCUUCACAGAACGUCUGUCUCGUGAUGGAACACUGGAAAGAUGCACUGAAGGCUCCAAAAGCAGUUUAUCUAAUAAUGAAGAUGCGGCGGCCCUUCAGGAAAAAGUUAGAAGUGACAUUGCUGUUAUGACCAGUGAGUGUCAGCAGUGGGAAGAGCUUUUGGAAGAUUACAAGAAGAAAGCAGAAGAAAUAUCCAGGCAGCUGGAAGAAAAUGAAAUAAUUAAGGGACCUUUAGCAAGUGAUGCACACAUGUCUUCCCAAAAAGAAAUUCUUCAAAGCAAACCAGACUACAACGCAAUAUUGUGUCAGCAGGGGGCAGUGUUUGACAGCAUGGAAAUUGUGUUGGAUGAGGUUCAGCAGUCUGUCCAAUUAAUAGAUUCUUUUUGCAGCGAAACGUCUUCACACUUGCAGCAACUCUCAAUGCAACUUAAAACCAAAUCUUUUAAGCCAAUGGAAGAUUCGCCAGUCCGAAUGUUUCUGAGAGUUUCUCAAAAAUAG